CGGACACGGUCAGCCCAAGAAAGGAAAACAGAAAAAGGGAGCAUGAAAGAGGAGGAGGAGGAGUAUCGUGGAGUGCAAGGGAGGCGAGAAGCCUCUGAAAGAAGCGAUGAUAUGCGUUGUUUUCUUCUAGUCAUCGACAGAGAGAAAGCGAAGCAUCUAUUCUCCCCCAAUUUCUUGAUGAAAAACUAAGUAUAAUAAAGAAGGGGAACAGCAAAUCUCGCUAUGGCAAACCAGUUCUCGUCGUACCCAAUCCUCUGUGCUUCCUUCAAUCAGGAUAAUAGUUGCGUUGCUAUUGGGACGAGGCAUGGAUUCAGAAUAUUUGAUUCCAGUACGGGGAGGCUCUUAUACGAACGAGCUAUUGGAGCUUUUAUCAUUGUGGAAAUGCUUUAUUCCUCAAAUCUUCUUGCUAUUGUUGGAGCUGGUGAACAGCCAGCUUUGUCUCCAAGACGCCUAUGUUUAUUCAAUACAACUACUAGAAAUGCUCUUCAAGAGCUAACUUUCUUAACCUCAGUCCUUGUUGUUCGUCUAAACAGGAAAAGAUUGAUUGUUGUUUUGCAAGAAAAAACAUUCAUAUAUGAUGUGAACAACCUCAACAUCUUGGAUACAAUCGACACUGUGCCAAAUUUGAAAGGACUCUCUGCAUUUUCCCCAUGUUUAGAUGGCUGCUUUUUGGCUCUUCCAGCAAGUACAACAAAAGGAUCUAUGUUAGUCUACAAUGUCAUGGAACUCCAAUCUCACUGUGAGAUAGAUGCUCAUCAGUCACCACUGGCUGCAAUGGUACUUUCUUCAAAUGGGGUGUAUAUUGCAACAGCAUCUGAACAGGGAACCAUAAUCCGAGUUCACCUCGUCUCAGAAGCAACUAAGUCAUACAGCUUCCGUAGGGGGACCUACCCGUCAACUAUAUAUUCAUUAUCGUUCGGUCCAUCAAAGGAACUUCCAAACAUUCUUGUAGCGACAAGUUCUUCGGGUUCUAUUCAUGCUUUUUCCCUAGGAUUUGCUAUAAAUCAAAGAAGAAGAAGAUCAAGUAGUUUCCUCGGAUCGAUAAUACCAGAAUCUGUGACUGAUGUGCUGGAUCCUGCUGAUCACCAUGUACUCCAUAAUGCUGUUCCAGCAGGAGUCAAAAGCUGUGCUGUGGUUCGCUGCAUCAAUAAGGUUGCUGACUCAUCUGUGUCCGAGUCUGUGGCAUUUAGGGCCAGCAUAUCCAUCAUCACCUACAGUGGGUGCUUCCUGGAGUAUAGGUUGAGCAUCAACCAUCAGAACGAGUCCUCGUGGAUUUUGGAACGUGAAUUCAAUCUUUUAGCAGCAAUAAGUGGGCACGCCAUCAAUUCAUGAAUACCAUGAUUUUUCAUUCUCAACCAUUGCUGACAGAGAAGCUAUCACAGAAAGGGAAGCCAUGUUAAUAAGUACAUUAUGUGGUGACCUGUUCACUUGUACAUAGAUACGUAUGUGUGUGUGUAUUAUAUGGUCUGCCGCAAUCAGACUUUAUGGAGAAUGAAGGUUCAAGGACACGGCUUCGAAGUGUUUGUGUUGGUUGACCUAGGGUUAUGAAAUUGGUAGUAAAUGUAAAUUCAACAAUGAUUUCUUUUCCAAUUAAGAAGUUAAAGUGGUGAA